AUUUCCAGCAUUUUGUUUUAACAAUAUUUGUUUGGUGUUGAUAGAUUUAUCCAGGUUUUGAGAGUUCUGGUUUCAAAGUGAGGUAUAUUGGGCAUGUGAUCAAUGGCACAGGUUAUCCAUUGAUUGUACUGAAUGGUGAAAUAGGCUCAAGGGGGAAUGGUCUGCUCUUAUUUCUCAGCAUGCCAACUUGAAAUUGUAAAGUUCUCCCCCUCCCCCAUGAAAUAAUUAGAGCUUCAUCCCCAAGAAAUGUCUUGCUCAUCAAUUACAUUGAAAGAUGUAAAAAAAUGAUAAUAUUAGAGAUUGAAGUGUUUGGUUGGUGAUUGGAGGACCAGGCUUUCUGAUCAAUAUAGUAAACAUAUGGAUUUUGAGUGCACUGACAUUGUCCUGAACCAAUCCCCAUAUAGUUGCAGAUUUUAUCAGAAGAUGAUGCUGACUUGCCCUCUUCUUAAGGUAAAAGUGACAAGGACCCAAUCUCAGAGCUGUGUCUAGGGGCUCUUGUGAUGUAGUGAUAGUGUCCUUACUUGCAGCCCAGGAGACCCAGGUGUUAUGACACUGGGUAAAUCCCUUAGCAACACAGAAAAGAUUUAUCUUGUACAGUAAUCUGUGAAAAUUCAAGAGGCCAAUAACUAUUUAAAGUAAAAAUUAACAACUUUAUUUCUUAAAAUAUAACAGAGAAUAAUUAACUAACACUAUUUACAACUCCUUUGUCUCACCUAUUGUCAGAAAAAUUUGCCCAAUAGGUUAGGGAUCACAAAGCACAUCUCGAUGUGAAAUUGACAAACACUUCAUUGCAAGCGAUAUCGCUGGAAGAGAAACAGACGAGGCUGACACAGAACUGACAGUCUGUACAGGAAUACUUGUAUGAAAAUUUUACAGAGGACAUGGUAUAUGAAGAAACGUACUGCCCUGAAGAAGAUGAAACCCCCAAGUAUUUCCGGAAAGUUCUUGUCCCCUUGCUUUAUUUCUUAGUUUUCUUGUUCGGGACCAUUGGCAAUGGCUUGGUGUUGCUGAUCCUGUUACGUUACAGGCACUUCCGGACUCCGACUGACAACUACUUGCUGCACCUGGCAAUGGCUGAUCUUCUCCUUGUCCUGGGCCUUCCUUUCAUUGCUAUGGAAAAUAUUUUGGGAUGGCGCUUCAAAACUUUCCUUUGUAAAGCGAUAGGUUCCCUUCACAAGCUCAACUUCUUCUGCAACAGUCUGCUUUUAGGGUGCAUCAGCUUUGACCGGUACCUGGCAAUUGUCUAUGCGGUCCAAACCUACAAAAAACGCAAAGCCCGGUAUGUGCACCUGGUCUGCUCAGCUGUCUGGGCCAUAGGAUUCCUCCUUCAAAUUCCAACUCUUGUCUUCUUAAAAGUUGAGACAAAGUUGCCAGAGAACAUUUCCAAAUGCACCUACCCAUCAGAUGACAUUAGGGCGAAUGACUGGCUCUUGGCCGAGCAAAUCCUGUACCAUGGUAUUGGCUUUUCCUUGCCACUUGUUGUCAUGUGUUACUGUUACACCAAAGUGAUUCAAACUCUGUGCAAGACCCAGAACUUUGAGAGGCAUAAGGCCGUCAAGAUGGUGCUGACAGUCACUGUCAUGUUUUUCAUCUGCUGGUCUCCUUACAAUGUGGCAAUUAUCAUCAAGACACUGCGAUCACUGGAUGUGUUUAUUGCUGACUGUGAGUUCUACAGAAAACUGGCUUUUGCCAUUGUUCUGUCAGAGAGUGUCGGCUUCAGUCACAGCUGUCUCAACCCAAUCCUCUAUGUGUUUAUUGGUGUCAAAUUCAGAAAUGACAUUUUGAAACUUCUGAGAGAGAUUGGCUGUAUUAGUCAAGCCACCAUGGACAGUCACUUCCAUCUGAAACGUGCUGGGAAGAAUGGGAAUCCAUCUGUCUCUGACAAUACCACCUCUUGGUCUAAUGUUUAAAAAUGGCAGUUGUUCCAGUCAGAGAUUGACAGGAACUGCAAAAUGGUAGGAUUAAUAAAUUGAGGUGGAAGAUGUUACUUUUUUUUAUAAAUCAACCUGUUACGACACACUCCAGGGUAGGCUUGACUGGUACCUUCUGGCUGAAUGCUAGGGCUUGUAUCACUGCAUCAUAAAACCCCUCCUGGGAAAGAUGUCAGAGACAAAUUGGGUGUCCAAUUGUAUAAUUUCAAAAUAAAUAAGACAAAAAGACAUAGGAACAAAAGUAGACCAUUCAGCCCAUUGAGUCUGUUCCACCAUUCACAGAGAUCAUGGCUGAACUCAACAGCACCAUACUGCCUUUUCCCCAUAAUCCUUAAUCCCUUCACCGAUUAAAAAUAUGUCUGCCUCAGCUUUAAAUAUACUUAUUAACCCUUGCCUGUGGCAAAGAAUUUCACAAAUUCACAACCUCUGAGAGACAAAAU